UCAUCUCUCUCCUAUGUGCCUAUCACUUCUCUUGUCACAUCUCAAUUAGACUUUUGCAUACCGGAUCAUGCAUAUCAUCCGCACAGUCUAGAAUAUCACUUACGCGCAGGACAUCUUUGCAGCGAGAACUUUCUCUUCAACCCUAACCGCUUGUUGAUCCCUGAAUCCCUCACACACUCGUACCGCAGCUCUUUUACCUUUCAUACUUUUCCUUUGCUUAGAGACGUUGUCGUCUAAUCAAGCAAUCCACAUGUCUCAGUGAUGCCAAGCAUAUGGACCGGUCCGACUGCUUCGUUCAGUCACACAGCUUCAAUAACUCGUCACACCCACGCUCACCCACAAUGGAUUCACCCGUACACGCAUUGGGUACAUGUUCAACGCUUUCCAUUGAUGGAAUUAUCAGUACAUCAAUACAUCCGACGAUGCGGGGAAAUGUAGAUCUCGCACGUGGUGGGGGGUUCUCGGACGUGGGGUCGCCAAUCGAGGGGCACUACGUUGACUUCAUCAUGCGUUCCUUACGUCUCUGCAUGCAAGUACAUAGCAGACGGCAAAAAGGAAUCACUCACUAUCAGUCCUUCGAUACCACUCCGCCACUCACAAAUAUGUUCUCGCAACAGGACAAUCGUCUCAUAUUUACCUACGAUGCGGAGAAAUUAUGGAUAGAACCCUGGGGCCCCAAUGCUCUUCGAGUUCGUUCCACCAAGAUGGCAGAGAUGCCAUCCACAGACUGGGCCCUUCUCUCACCUCCUGACACCCCCAAACCUGACGUCUCCAUUCAAGACGACUCUGCCACUCUAGUCAAUGGUGAUAUAAAAGCUCACGUAACCAAACGCGGGAAGAUAACCGUCUACAACGGGGCCGGGAAACUCCUGCUGGAAGAAUACUCACGCAACCGCCGCGACCUUCUAGAUCCCAAAUGUAGCUCUCUAGAAGUUGAAGCCCGCGAAUUCAAGCCAUUGAUCGGAGGGGACUAUCACCUGACGGCCCGCUUUGAAAGUCUUGAUCCGAACGAAAAGAUAUACGGGAUGGGGCAAUACCAACAGCCAUACCUUGAUCUCAAAGGAACCCAGCUGGAACUCGCCCACCGCAAUUCCCAAGCCAGCGUUCCCUUCGCCGUUUCCUCCCACGGCUAUGGUCUCUUGUGGAACAACCCCUCUGUCGGUACCGCCAUUCUCGGCAAAAAUAUCACGAGCUUCGAAGCCCGCUCCACAAAAGCCCUCGAUUACUGGCUCGUCGCCGGUAGUACCCCGUCACAAAUCGUCGAAGCAUACGCCAACGUCACCGGCAAAGUCCCCAUGAUGCCUGAAUACGGCCUCGGUUUCUGGCAAUGCAAACUCCGCUACCAAACCCAAGACGAGCUACUCACCGUCGCGCGCGAAUACAAACGCCGCAACCUCCCCAUCGACCUCAUCGUCAUCGACUUCUUUCAUUGGCCUCUCCAAGGCGAUUGGAAAUUCGACACCACUUACUGGCCGGACCCGGACGCCAUGAUCCGCGAACUUCGCUCACUAAACAUUGAACUCAUGGUCUCCAUCUGGCCGACGGUCGACCGCCGCUCCUCAAAUUACCAAGAAAUGCUCGAACAAGGCCACCUCAUCCGCACUGAACGCGGCGUCCGCAUCGCAAUGACCUUCAUGGGCAACACCGUCCACUUCGAUCCCACGAACCCAGCCUCCCGUAAGUACGUCUGGUCCAAAGCCCAGCAAAACUACUUCGAAAAGGGCAUCAAAACCUUCUGGCUCGACGAAGCGGAACCAGAAUACCGCGUCUACGACUUCGACAACUACCGGUAUCACUUGGGCCCAAACAUCGCGGUCGGGAACAUCUACCCGCUAACCUACGCGCAAACCUUCUUCGAAGGCCAAUCCCUCGCCGGGCAAUCCCAAAUCGUAAACCUGCUUCGCUGCGCAUGGGCCGGAUCCCAGAAAUACGGCGCCCUCGUUUGGAGCGGGGACAUUGCAUCCUCGUGGUCCUCCUUCCGCAACCAACUCUCCGCGGGUCUCAACAUGGGCUUAGCAGGUAUACCCUGGUGGACGACCGACAUUGGUGGCUUUCACGGCGGAGAUCCAAAUGAUCCCGCUUUCCGCGAACUCUUCGUCCGCUGGUUCCAGUGGGGUGCUUUUUGCCCCGUGAUGCGGCUUCACGGCGACCGCGAGCCUCGACAGCGUCCUAUGGGUGAGAAGGGCGGUGCAGCAUGCGCGAGUGGCGCGGAUAACGAGGUUUGGUCGUACGGCGAUGAGGUAUAUGCUAUUUGUGAAAAGUACAUGAAUAUCCGAGAAACCUUGAGGGAAUAUACCAGAUCUUUGAUGAAGGAAGCGCAUGAGAAGGGUGCUCCAGUUAUGAGGACGCUGUUUUAUGAGUUUCCAUCAGAUAGCGAGUGUUGGAGGGUUGAAACGCAGUAUAUGUAUGGUGCGAAAUUCCUCUGCUGUCCGGUUUUGCAGAAGGGUGUGAAGGAUAUAGAGGUUUAUCUUCCAAAGUUAGACGAAGGUAAGUGGAAGGCUUUCCAGGGGGAUGAAGUGUGGGAUGGUGGGAAGAGAAUCACGGUUGAGUGCCCGUUUGAUACUAUGCCUAUUUUCGAGCGCGCUGGUGCGUAG